AUGCAGACUCUUGCCAUUUUUGUCUUUGUUUGUUUUGCUGGGGCCUCCGCUCUACCAGUCAACAAGACUUUAGAAGCUGGAAAUCUGAAGAAUUUCAAGACACCGCGGAACUUCGUUUGGAAUAGUUGGGAAGUCUUUAAGAAGUUGGGUAUCUGGCGUCCAGGAUUGAUAGAUGAAUGGGAUGGGACCGAUCAGGACUCACCAAUAGCAGACCUUCUUCAGACAAUGAUUGUCUUUGAUGCAAACGGGGUUCCUCAUAAGCCAAAGGGAAUUAAACCAAGCAGAAAAUCUUCAGUGAAGAUCACGGAGCUCGAUCGUCAUCCUCAACCACCGAAAUCUAAGAAGAAAAGGAUGAAGAGAAAUUUCAAGACAGAUGCACGUCUUUGGGAGAGCAAAAUAAUCCCAUAUACUAUCCAAAGUGGAUUAUCUUCACAGAUGAACCAAGGAAUACAGGAGGGGAUCCAGGAAUUUCAUGAUCUUACCUGCUUGCAGUUCGUCCCAAAUGCUCAAAGGCCAAGUCUUCCUCAUAACACAUACCUGAAGUUUGUAAAUGGACAGGGUUGUGCUUCUUAUGUUGGACGCACUGAUAUGUUAGAACAGCAAGUUACUCUGCAGGAUCCCCAAUGUUCUCAGACAAAAAUUGUGAUUCAUGAACUGAUGCACGCAAUUGGUCAGAUGCACGAACAGCAGAGAACAGAUCGAGACCAGUACAUAGAUAUAAUUUACAGCAACAUUCCCCAAAAUGGCCGCCACAACUUUGAUAAAAGCAAUACAUUUGACAGAACACCGUACGAUGUGGAGUCCAUUCUGCAAUACCCAUUGACGUCAUUUUCCCAAAAUGGUGGGAAAACAAUGCAACUAAAAGACACCAGAUUGGAAGCAUUGAUUGAUACUGCAAAAACAUUUACGCAUAAUGAUCUAAAAGAGAUCACAACCGCGUAUCAGUGCACAGCAUCCUGUCAAAAUCCACCCAGCUGUCAGAAUGAGGGUUUUGUGGCCCAUACCUGUCAAUGUUUGUGUCCCUCUGAACUUACAGGAACCACGUGUGAACAAGUUACCACCGACACAGGAUGUGGUGGUGUUAUUAAUCUGAGUUCGGGUCAAAGCCAGACCAUCGAGUCUCCUGGUUACCCGAAUGCGGUUAGCACCGACAAAGAAUGUGUCUGGCUAGUCAGAGGGCCAAGUGAAUCAAAUAUAAGACUAACAAUAGACGAACUGGAUUUAGCAAGGAAUAAUUUUGAUUCGAAGUGCUAUCACUGGCUAGAGAUUAGGUUCAAUAUGAUCGGCCAAAGUGGAAUCAGGCAGUGUAACACAGUUAGCGGUCAAAAUUACUUAACGACAAAUGAUGGUGAGAGCAACCUGAUGCUCCUGAAGUUUGACAGUCGAUUUAAUAAAAACACCCAAACCUCACAGGGUCAAAGAUUCAAACUUACUGUGAAAGCUGAAGGAGGAACAUCUUCAAACCCAUGCGAUCCUAAUCCCUGUCUGAAUUCCGGAUCGUGCACCGUUGUUGGCUCAACUUUUGAUUGUACAUGCACAACAGGCUGGACUGGAACAACAUGCGAUACUCCUGUUCUCAGUUGUCAACCGAAUCCAUGCCAAAAUGGCGGCACCUGUUCUAUAAUUGGUAACAGUGUAUCAUGUGACUGUCCACCGGGAUGGAUCGGGCCUAACUGUGAAACCUCAUCCACUUCAACCAGUACAACAACGACAACAACGACCACAACUGUUACACCGCCUACAGGUACCUCCAGACUUUGUAACUUCGAAUCAUCUAAUUGCUGGAUGGUGAAAUACGGAGAACUUUACUCAGUACAGGUAUCUUCCAGCAUGGAACCGUAUGCUGGGUAUCUUAAUACUGCCAGGUUUGGAUAUCUUUUACCUGGCUAUUCCUUCAUACUGGAAUCCCCAUCUGGAACCCUCAGUAAUAAACAGUACUGCAUCAGUUUUGGAUUUUACAUCAAUGGCUUUUAUCACUAUGUGGACGUUUAUCUCCGCAACAUGUCCCAACAAAUACAGGUUCUUUGGUCAUACAAUCAGACCACUAACGGCAACUGGUACUCGGUGGAGAUCCCAUUUUAUGGAACCUCUUCUGAUCAUAUUGCAAUUGAAGGGUACAUCUCGUAUGGAACGUUCGCUAUUGACGAAAUCCGACUUCUGGAAGGAGCGUGCCCUACAGGUUUUAAUGGAUAA